UGACACGUCUCUAAGGAGGCUUCAUUUAUAAUUGAACUAAUCAGAAGUAAACACUUUGAGUUGUGAUACAGAACGCGUGGCAUGCACGGAUUGGAAAGCUUCAGCCUGUCAGCCUUGCUACAUUGAGGCGAAGUAAUUCCAACAUUUCGCACUCACAGGGCAUGCACUCACAAUAUCAGAAGCGUCUGGAUUUUGGACGUAAGAAAUACCUCGAACAUGGACAGUAAUAGCAAUAGCGCCAUUACAGGACACUGGUACGACUACGCAGCACAAGAGAACUUUCUGUCUGUGGAGAACCAAUGGAGUUACGUAAUCAUGGCUGCGGUAGCUGUUUGGCUUUCCUGGUCGGUCAAGUACGUCAAGAAGAUCCUCGGCAAUAUAGCAUUAUGGCUUCACUUACAACCUCUCGAGCGGAGUACGAGCUCGCAAGACGAUAUUACAGCGCCAGAGGCAGUACCAUUGAUGAUAUCUCGACCGUUACCAUUGUCUGCAACUGAAGCGGCCCAAUCUCUUGCCAAAAUCUACAAAGAGACUGGUGGCAUUCGAGACCUGUUCUGGAUGGCAUUUGCAAACAACAAUCUAGACGGGGAAGACAAGGCUAAGCUCAAAAUAUUCUCUGCAUUCGUUGCCGCAUUUGGUCUUGGGAUGAUCAUUGCAGGUUACUUCGCUGCAAAUGUCAGAGCGAUUGGGCCAGUGAUAUUGGAUUCGCCGAAGUGUGGACUGUGGGUGUUCAAUGGAGCAAGUCGGUCUGACUUUGCUACCAGGGCAGGAUUGAUCGAUCUUGCGAAGGAAGAAAGAGCAGCGGAGUAUGCAGAAGCUUGCUACCAUCGUUACCCCAGAUUUGACUCUCGACGAUGCAAUUUCUUUUACAGCCGCAAACUCGUUUUUGGUAAACAAGAAAAGGAGCUGGAUGGUCUGCCUGACUUUUCAAAGCCCUGUCCGUUCAAAAACGACAUUUGCCGCAACAACCGUACCGUGACUUUCACAACUACGCUCACAGACGCAAGCGAACUUGGUAUAAACAGUCCUACAACACACAGUUUCCGAAGGAGUACCACGUGCUCCCCAUUGAAGAUGGACUACCCUUUUAUACAGAACUCGACCGAGAAUGGUACUACAACCUACAAAUAUUACUAUGGGGAGAAGCCUGGUGCAGAUCCUCCUGUCAACUACACCUACAGCACAACAGGAGAUCCUUGGCAGCGAUUGGCGCCCGUAUACGAUGUUUUUGCCUACAAUUCAGCCUCAGACCCAGUAUUGUGGGAGCCACUGGACGACCUUGCCCCAUCCGACUACAGUACUGUCACGAUAAUCUUCGUGUCUUCGUUACGAAUCUUGUACGAGAAAAGAAGUGAUGAUCCGAUUUUCCCCGCGGAUGAAUCAUACAUUGUUCCCGGAGACCCAACACCGUGGUUCAAGAAUUCAGACCCUCGAGCACGUCCUUUUGCAUGUGUAAACCAGAUUGAAGUCUGCACACAUGACGAAAAGACAUGCUUUCCCUAUCGCACGCCUGACGAAAUCACCGGAUGGACGUGGACACCAGAAUUCACGCUCCUCUUUGCAUCGCUUGAUCGAACAGAUAUCUACGACUCUAUCAGGAAGCGUCAGGGAAGAGCUCUAAAAGCCCAGAAAGUAGUUUCUAGCUACUUCUCCGGCUCCUUGGGUGACCGACCGUGGGUCGACGAAGUGCAGAACAUGGUUGCAACAGCACAUGCACGCACUCAAAUCAAUGCAUGGAGCAUCGCCCGAGGAGAAGACUCAAUACAUGAGGAAGAAGGCUAUGUUGAGAUAACCAAAGGUAUGGGCAACCUGUGCGGCCAGCUGAAGUACAAUCCUCAAGGUUAUGCUAGCCUCAACUUCACAGCUUUCCUCGUCAUAUGCCUCCUGCCACCGACGAAAACGCUGAAGAGAGUGUGGUCCAAGUUUCGGUUGAUGUUGCAUCCGCUUCAGGUGACCAAGAACGGGUUCGGUGGGAGCCGCUCGUUAUUCACAAGUUUGUUUGGCUGGUCGCUCUCAUCGUACGUGCUAUUAUCAGCUUCAUCGUACGUGCUAUCAUCGGCUUCGCCCAAUGGCUUUUGGUCAAGCUUUCAAAUAUUUGUUUUAGUAGAUCUGGCUCUAGCAGUGCUGACUAGUGGGUCAUUCUAACGAGGUACUUAUCUCAGCGUAUUGCUGGUCAAUACAAACUUUGC